AUGCAGCGAUAUGGCGAUUUUGACCUCAACCUCGACCUCUACACCACGGCCCGGGACCUGCCUAACCUCGCGAACGUGCUUACCAUACAGUACUUCAAGACUCCCGCCAUCGAGGAACGCGAGCCUAUGCUCUCUACCUCACGCAUAGACGAAGUGACCGGGUGCAUCGAAGUCCUUCCCCAUCCGGCGUCCCAUCCGCGUUCGCAAACCCCGGUCUCCGAACGUUCGAGCACCCACACGCUGAUGCUAUCUGCCGUGGAUCUCGUAUGGGGGUCGCGCGCGACCGGCUAG